AUGUUGCUGUCAUUAGUCUCUCUGCUCGCUCUCGGAGCAUCCUCAUUGGCCCACCCUCUUUUGGAGGAAAGGACUGGAAGCAGCGGCUGUAACGCCGAUAAUGUUCUCCGUCUUUUGAGGGCGACCCAGCGUGUCGACGACUCGAUUGCAUUCUGCAGUCAGUUCUUGGACCUCCCCGCUUCCACCCAUACCGUCACUCCUGCACCGACGGCCACAGCCUAUGUGACAGUCACUACUGAAAUCCAAACUUCUACCGUCACCGAGACGUUUGUCUGGACGGAAACAGACGUUGAGUUCGAAAAGCUCAGGAAGCGAUGCACCAGCACCACUACCACCACAAAAUCUAUCUCGACCCCAGGAUAUAUCCUCUCUACUUCAAUUGAUCCAUCCCGUCUCUCGAGCGCUUGUCAAUGUUUAACAAUCCCUCUCGCGACCAUCACUGUCACUGAUCUACCUGGAACUUUGACCAACAGUGUUAGCGCGACUGAGACCGAGACCGAGACCAAGUAUACCGUUAAGACAGAAACCACAACAAUCACCGCUCCUAGCUUGGCUCUUGCUAGCCCGACCGCCGUUUGCUGUGGAGGUAAUGUUAACGCCCCGGCUCAUGCCGAUAUCGACGAUGCGUACUACCGUAUCGAGGUUCCCGACUUUGAGGUCGAAGUCUAUGGUGUUAAAUCACACCACGUCUUCGCUAGUGUCAACGGCUUGAUCUGGCUUGAUGAAUUCUCGCAAGGAAACUACUGGUACUACUUCACCGAAGGAGACACCGAAGGAGCCCCUCUCCCACAUGGCCCUGAUGAUCUCCCUGAUGUUGCUAUCCUUGCAUUCUGGUCGGAUCUCCUCAUCAACGGGGGUAAAGUCCAGGGCAUCUACUAUCAGAUCUCUGGGGACAGCAUCACUCUUGAAUAUGUUGUCAGCGCAUACGGUAACACGGAUAACGACUACCACUUCCUUGUAACCUUGUCCAACAACAACAAGGUUACUAUCAAGUAUCUUCAUGUUCUCAAUAGUGAAGAUGGUGUUGUCGCCAUUCAGAAGAAGUCAGACGAUGCCGUUAUCCUCUGGUCCAACCAUGGCAGCAAUGUCGAGACCGGCUUGACCAUCGAAUUCGACACCACUGCUGGAACCGUCAAUCCCGUUGUCAUCUAA